CGUCGGGCAGAAGGGGCGCUCGCACGCCUAAUGCAGUCUUCUCGGAGCGCCAUGAAUGACGUCAAUAGAAUGCGUCACCGGUGGCGUCUGUCAGGAGCGAGGAUGUCGCCGCCAACGCUCUUCAGCUUGCCGGAGGCGCGGUUGCGUUUCAUGAAUUCUACUCGAGAUGCACUCAGAAACAAAACCAUUAAGCCUUUAUUGACUGCAUUUAGCCAGGUACCUGGAAGUGAAAAUGAAAAAAAGUUAACACUGGAUCAAGCUUUCCGAGUUGCUCUGGAAGAAGAAAUUAUAAAUAAAGCUUCUUGUGAAAAUGUCCUGGCUAUCAUUUCACUUGUUAUUAGUGGGGUCAUAGAAGAGAAAUCAUUCUGGCAGAGAUAUAAACGGAUUCUCUCCCAUGAAGGUAUUUGUACUGCAUCAACCCCUUUUGUGCUUCUGGGAGAUGUUUUGGAUUGCCUUCCUUUGGAUCAGUGUGACAGAAUUUUCACCUUUGUGGAAAAAAACGUUACCACAUGGAAAUCGAACACAUUUUACUCUGCGGGAAAGAAUUAUUUACUGAGAAUGUGCAAUGAUCUUUUAAGAAGACUGUCAAAAUCACAAAAUACAGUAUUUUGUGGAAGAAUUCAGCUCUUCUUGGCCAGGUUAUUUCCUCUUUCAGAAAAGUCAGGGCUUAAUUUGCAAAGUCAAUUUAAUUUGGAAAAUAUCACAGUUUUUAAUACCAGUGAGCAAGACAGCACCCUUGGACAGAAGCAUGCGGAGGAAAGAGAGGAAGGAAUGGAAGUGGAAGAAGGUGAAAUGGGAGAUGAUGAAGCUCCUACAAGUUGUUCCAUUCCAAUAGAUUAUAAUUUGUACAGAAAAUUUUGGUCACUUCAAGAUUACUUCAGAAAUCCUGUGCAGUGCUAUGAAAAGGUCUCAUGGAAAAUAUUUCUUAAGUACUCAGAAGAAGUAUUAACUGUCUUUGAGAGCUACAAGUUGGAUGACACUCAGGCAUCAAGAAAAAAAUUAGAAGAGCUGAAAACUGGAGGAGAGCAUGUUUAUUUUGCAAAAUUUCUUACAAGUGAAAAGUUAAUGGAUUUACAGUUGAGUGACAGCAAUUUUCGCCGCCAUAUACUGUUGCAGUAUUUAAUAUUAUUUCAGUAUUUAAAGGGGCAGGUAAAGUUUAAAAGUUCAAACUUUAUUCUGACUGAUGAACAGUCCCUGUGGAUUGAAGCUACCACAAAACAAGUUUACCAGCUUCUAUCAGAAAACCCACCUGAUGGAAAAAGGUUCUCCAAAAUGGUAGAGCAUAUAUUAAACACAGAAGAAAAUUGGAAUUCAUGGAAAAAUGAGGGCUGUCCAAGCUUUGUGAAAGAAAGACAGAGUGAUUCCAAGUCAGUGAGACCUUUUGUGCGAAAGAGGCUAGCUCCUGAAGAUUUCUUAGGGAAAGGACCUAACAAAAAAAUUCUAAUGGGAAACGAAGAAUUAACUCGCCUCUGGAAUUUAUGCCCUGAUAACAUGGAAGCGUGUAAAUCUGAGAGUCGAGAAUAUAUGCCAACAUUGGAAGAGUUUUUUGAAGAAGCUAUAGAACAGGCAGAUCCUGAAAACAUGGUUGAUAAAGAAUUUAAGGUUGUGAAUAAUUCUAACUAUGGCUGGAGAGCAUUAAGACUAUUAGCAAGAAGAAGUCCUCACUUUUUUCAGCCAACCAAUCAACAGUUUAAAAGUUUACCGGAAUACCUUGAAAAUAUGGUCAUCAAAUUAGCUAAAGAAUUACCUCCUCCUUCUGAAGAAAUUAAAACAGGCGAGGAUGAAGAUGAGGAAGACAACGAUGCUUUGUUAAAAGAAAACAAUGAAAGUCCAGAAGUUCAGCGGGAUAAGCUUGUAACAGGAGAACAAAUAGAAUUAUUUGCUAACAGACUUGGUGAAUAUUGGAAAGUCCUGGCUCCAUACUUGGAAAUGAAAGACUCUGAUAUAAGGCAAAUUGAAUCAGAUAGUGAAGAUCUGAAGAUGAGAGCUAAGCAGUUGCUUGUUACCUGGCAAGAUCAAGAAGGAAUCCACGCUACUAUGGAAAAUUUGAUUACUGCAUUGACCAAAGCUGGGCUGAAUGACCUUUCUGAAAGCUUAUCCAAUGACAGUGAAAACUAGCUAAUUUGAAAAUGGCUUAUUUAAAACAAUGGCUAUUGUUCCUGAAUGUAAUAAUUGAUAGGGCAGUUUAAUUUGAUGAACAAUAAAUCUUUUAAUUACAUAAUUGUCUAAAAUUCUGCAGACAAAACAAACAUUCUUCUGAAAUCCUUAAGAUGUGGAAAAGUAGAAAAUAUAUAUUCAUGUGUGUGCUAUAAAAGAGAUUUCUUUAAUAUAACUGAAUGUUUUAAUCUCAAGUUACAUGCAAGCAGGAACUCAAUUCUUUUACUGAAAAGCUGGCAAAGGCAAUUGCUGUUUGUUUGCUAACAAGCUUUGUAUAUAGAAAAUCAACAAGGACUACAUUACAGUUAGGUUAUGAUUCUCAUAUAAUCUGUUCUAAUGGAGUGCCUCCAAAUGAUGUCGAUAGCAGAACUGCAAUUAAUACUUAGUUUUGAUCA